GAGCUCCGAGGGCGAGCCGCGCGGAGCCCGGGGAGGUCAGGCGGGAGAGACUGGAAUUGGGCGAGCGCGGUGUCCGAGCGGCCGGGUGGGCGCCGGCUGAGGAGCGACCGAAAGCCUAGCCAAGAUUUGACAUUACUGCCAUCUCCUGGGCACCUGAUUCUCCUUCGAAGCUCUCAAUCACAACUGUUCUCUUGACAGCAUGGAUGGGGAGGAAGAUGAUUUGUCUCUGCUGACUGCGCUGCUGGAGGAGAAUGAGUCUGCCUUGGAUUGUAAUCCAGAAGAGGGUCACCCCUUGACCCAGGGGGAUGGCGAACCCGACGCAUAUGACGAGCUCUUUGAUGCAGAUGGUGAUGGUGAAUCUUACUCAGAGGAGGCUGCUGAUGGAGACCUGGGAGAGACUGAAGAGCGGAAGGAAAAUUUGGCCACUCUCUUUGGAGAUAUGGGGGACUUAACAGAUGAAGAAGAAGUUCCCACACAGCAAUCACCUAAAAAUAGAGUCCUCCCCGCUCCUGCUCCCAAUCAGGGGAAAACUAAUCAAGAGUUGCAAGAUGAAUUAAGGAAGUUACAAGAACAGAUGAAAUCCUUACAGGAACAGCUAAAAAUAGCAACACUUAAGCAACCUGCAAGUCCACCCCUUCUGCCUAAAUCUGUAGAGAAGUCUCCACGCUCCCCUCUUAAAGAGAAGAAAGUUCAGAGAAUUCAGGAGUCGACAUGCUUCUCUGCAGAGCUUGAUGUCCCUGCUCUACCAAAAACCAAGCGAGUGGCUCGGACACCAAAGAUUUCAUCUGCAGAGCCCAAAAUCACAUCUUCGAAGAUGACAAGUACACCUCCCCAACCACUCCGAACUACUCCUGGAAACAAACCUAGUGGGUUGGUCAGAGAUCAGAGCACAGGGACCCCCAGGAGUUCAGGCAAACCGGCCCAGACAGUGGUCUCCUUGGAAGCCUUCUCAGGCCUGAGGCUCAGGCGGCCUCGAGUGUCUUCCACAGAGAUGAACAAGAAAAUGGUUGGCCGAAAACUGAUCAGACUAUCUCAGCUCAAGGAAAAGAUGGCAAGUGAGCAGCUAGAAGAAGUAGACUGGGUGACUUUCGGGGUUAUAUUGAAGAAAAUCACUCCACAGAGUUCUAAUAGUGGGAAAACUUUUAGUAUCUGGCGACUGAAUGAUCUUCGUGACCUGACACGGUGUGUGUCAUUGUUCUUGUUUGGAGAAGUUCACAAAGAGCUCUGGAAGACUGAACAGGGUACUGUUAUAGGGCUGCUCAACGCAAACCCCAUGAAGCCCAAGGAUGGUUCAGAGGAGGUGUGUUUGUCUAUUGAUCAUCCUCAGAAGGUCUUGAUCAUGGGUGAAGCUCUUGAUCUGGGAACCUGUAAAGCAAAGAAGAAGAAUGGACAGCCAUGUACACAGACUGUUAAUUUGAACGACUGUGAGUACUGUCAGUAUCACAUCCAAGCCCAGUACAAGAAGCUCAGUGCCAGGCGAGCCGACCUACAGUCCACCUUCUCUGGAGGACGAAUUCCAAAGAAGUUUGCCCGCAAAGGCACCAGCCUACGAGAACGGCUGUGUCAGGAUGGUUUCUACUAUGGAGGGGUUUCUUCUGCAUCGUAUGCAGCCUCAAUUGCAGCUGCUGUUGCUCCUAAAAAGAAGAUUCAAACCACUCUGACUGAUCUGGUCGUUAAGGGGGCAGACUUGAUCAUUCAGGAAACCCAACAAAAACUUGGAAUACCCCAGAAGAGCUUGUCUUGCUCUGAGGAAUUCAGGGAACUGAUGGACUUGCCUACGUUUGGAGCCAGAAACUUAAAACAACAUUUAGCCAAAACCAGGUUAUCAGGGGUGAUGGGGAGCUCGAAACCUGCUUUCCAGUCUGUCUCAGCAUCAGCCCUCUUGAAGCAGCAGAAGCAGCACAUGCUGGAGAUGAGGAAAAAGAGGUCAGAAGAAAUACAGAAACAAUUUCUCCAAAGCUCAAGUGGGGUCAAGAGCCCAGCUGUGCCACCCUCCUCUCAACGGGCCCCUUCUCAGUCUUUGCAAAUGGGGGUUGCGUUGCCCAGCCUGGAAGGAACGCCAGCUACACAGAUGCCCAAGCUUGGGCGAGGCAUCUCAGAAGGAGAUGAUGUUCUCUUUUUUGAUGAGUCACCACCACCAAGACCAAAACUGAGUGCUUUAGCAGAAGCCAAAAAGUUAGCUGCUAUAACCAAAUUAAGGGCAAGAGGCCAGAUUCUUACAAAAACAGACCCAAACAGCAUUAAAAAGAAGCAAAAGGACCCCCAGGAUGUCCUGGAAGUAAAGGAACGUGUAGAAAAGAACACCUUUUCUCCUCAAGCUGAAGAUGAAUUAGAGCCUGCCAGGAAAAAAAGGAGAGAACAACUUGCCUACAUGGAAUCUGAGGAAUUUCAGAAAAUUCUAAAAGCAAAAUCGAAGCACACAGGGAUACUUAAAGAGGCUGAGGCUGAGCUGCAGGAACGCUAUUUUGAGCCAUUGGUGAAAAAAGAACAAAUGGAAGAAAAGAUGAGAAGCAUCAGAGAGGUGAAAUGUCGAGUAGUGACAUGCAAGACGUGUGCCUAUACCCACUUCAAGCCUUUGGAGACCUGCGUCAGUGAACAGCAUGACUACCACUGGCAUGACGGCCUAAAGAGGUUUUUCAAGUGUCCCUGUGGAAACAGAAGCAUCUCCCUGGAUAGGCUCCCCAAAAAGCACUGCAGUAACUGUGGCCUCUUCAAAUGGGAACGAGAUGGAAUGCUAAAGGAAAAAACAGGACCAAAGUUAGGAGGAGAAACCCUGUUACCACGAGGAGAAGAACAUGCCAAAUUUCUGAAUAGCCUUAAAUAGCCCUGACUUCAAACAUGUACUUAUGGCCUAGAUGACUUCUUAUGGCUCUGGAAAAGGAAGAGUGUUGGCUCUGUUUACUCCUGAUUGACACAGUCUAAACAAAUACUCGUUAAGCUUACACGUUUUGCCUACUUAUUUUCUGUUGUGUUGGUUUGAUAUCAAAUUUAACAUUGACCUUUAGGUGGUAAAUCAGAAUACCAUCAUCUUCCAUGUUCUUGCUAUUGAUGGCUGCAUUCGUGUAGAUUUUUUGCUCAGAAACUGGAAGGUAAACUGAGAGCCGUGUUUCUAUAUAUUUUUGGUAUAGAGUGUGCAGUGUUGCUUCUUAUUCAGAGUAAAAUUCUGGUAUUUAUAUGGGCACACAGAGGCAAAAGAAUGCCUCUGCUGGGGUUCAGUUUUCUUAUCUAGAAAAUGAGGAAGCUUGGAGUAAAUGAUCUUGAAGUGAAUCUUUCAGCACUCAUAUUCUUCAGAUGAUAUGACUUUUCCCAUAUAAAUAAUUACACUCAUCAACCUUGACAUAAUCUUGAUAUUUUGACAUCAAGCUAGGUUCCUUCUUUCAUUUCUAUUUUUACCUCUUUUGUUUUGCAAAUUAAUUCACUGAUUCACAUGACAUUUAAUUCAUAUCUGUAUGGUUCUCUGUGCCCUUACAAUAUUGUGGAGCUCUUUAAUAGAAACACUAAAAUCUCAUCAUUUUAAAGUAUAACUUUGUUUAAAUAUGGCUUAAAGAAAUUUCAAAACCUGUAACUAAAAUGAAUGCAGAAUUUAAGCUGUGAACAAUGAUUGAAAAACAGAAACAUCUCAGAACUCAGGGAGUUUGAGAUUUGCAGAUAUAAUUUAUCAUACACAUGAAGAGUUAGAGGUCAAACCAUGUGCAAAUUAGCACCCCAAAAAUGCUGUUUAGGAGAUUCCUCUGCAAGGCAACCUGAUUUUCCAAAGUGAAUGGUGAUAUCAUCCUAAGAUUGAGUAAAUUGGUAGGAUUAUUAUUAUACUGGGAUUUAAACUCUAGGUAGAAAUAGAUCAGGUUUCUGCCAAGAUGGUAUUAUGGUAGCACACAAUGCUUACAGGAGCUGGUUGUGGGAGAUACUUGAUUUAGAUUUUCAGGGGCCAGAAAAAAACAUGUACAUGCCUUAAAUUUCAUCAAACUCUGUCUACUCAAUAUGAGUAGAAGGUGCUGUGUCUGACACUUGUGUUACUCCUAAGGUUAUAUUUCAAAAGCUAUAUUUUUAGGAGGAUUUCCCUUCCCAAGAGGUGUUUGUUUUAACUUUUAACUAAUGAAGAAAAGAAUAAAGUGUUUAUUAAUUCUUAAUAAGGACCAAAGGCACUCAAAAUGGCAAUAUUUUUAAUGGCUCAUUUAGAGUAGAUUUGUUUAUCCCAUAAGCUUAAAAUAGAGCUAUGUAUUUGAAGAAGGUCACAGCUGAGAGACUGCCAAGGACCUGAACUCCAGGCUGCUCCUUGAGCAAUCCCCUUCUCAUGAAAGAAACGUAUUCCUUUUUGAACCAGGGGUACCAUCAGAGUCCCUGUUCACUUGUGUGUCAUAUAUAAGAAUUGUAAGGUACUGUAAUAAUUUAAAAAUCAUUGAAUUACUUCUCAGUUACUCUAGAUCUUGGGGGCUUUCAUUGGAGGUCUUUAUGUGCUUCUGUAGAUCAGCGAUGAGAAGGGGUGGGUGGGCCAGACGGGGAUGUACUUGUUUGCAUUGAAAUUAUGAUUUGUCAGUGAGAUCAGUCUUUUAAUCCUAUUAUCUUUAUCAGUGUAUUAAAUGCUUUUAUAUAAAUCCAAAA